AUGGGGCAGAAGUGCAUGGAGAAGGUGUCCUCCUUCCUCUUUGAGUAUGACACCCCUAGGAUGGUGCUGGUGAGGAACAAGAAGGUGGGACUGACCUUCCGGCUGAUCCAGCUCAUCGUCCUGGCGUACAUCAUCGGGUGGGUCUUCCUCUACGAGAAGGGCUACCAGUCUCAGGACAGCAUUGUCAGCUCGGUCUCGGUGAAGCUGAAGGGCCUGACGCUGACCAAUGAAAGCAUCCUGGGCCUGCACAUCUGGGAUGUGGUGGAUUAUGUUUUCCCCCCUCAGGGGGACAGCUCUUUCGUGGUGAUGACCAACUUCAUUGUCACCCCUGGACAGAAGCAAGGCACCUGCCCAGAGCUGCCGGACGCAGGGCUCUGCACACGGGACAGCGAUUGCAGCAAAGGGAAAUACAGCCGCCAGGGACAAGGGCUCAUGACAGGCAAGUGUGUGCAUUUCAACAGCUCUGUGAAGACCUGCGAGAUCUUUGGCUGGUGCCCUGUUGAAGUUGAUGACUAUGUUCCUAGCCCUGCCUUGUUGUCAGAAGCAGAGAACUUCACCUUGUUCAUCAAGAACAGCAUCACCUUCCCCAAGUUCAAGGUGUCCAGGCGCAACUUGGUUGAAAGUGUUACCAAACAGUACCUGAAGAAAUGCACCUAUCACAAAGUCACCGACUCCUUAUGCCCCGUGUUUGACCUGGGAUACAUAGUGAAGGAAUCGGGCCAGAAUUUUACCUUCCUGGCUGUUAAG